CCCUGUUCUGUAGACGAGGCAGAUGGAGACACGUAAAAAUGAGGAGCUGUGCCCAAUUCCUGCAGCCUGUGGCAGACCUCGAGUUGGACCGUUUUGAUGCUGAGGAGGACUUAUGAGCCCGACCUGGGCGUCCUGCUGCAGCUUGCUGCAAGCCUCAGAUACAGUCCCUGUCCAUGGCACCGUGCUGCGUCCCUCCUGCCCCUCCUCCAGGCCUCUCUGCUCGGUCCCCUGACUGGCUGUGGGGGAGCUCCUCGGUGCUGCUUUGUCAUUGGCAUGCUGUUGUGCACCCCUGCUGUUUGCCAGCCAGUCUCCAGCUGUCGCCCAGUGAUGCCUGCCCCCGCGCACACCUGUCACUCCUCUGACCACACAGCCUGCUCCAGCCAGGGCCCCCUUCUGUCUUCUCCCCUCACCCAGCGUCCCAGGCUGCAGUCUGCCCCACCCCCUCCAUCUGUUUUUCACCUUGGCCACCAGUAGGAGCAGUGCCAUCCAACAGAAUCUUCUAUAAGGAUGGAAAUGUCCCAGUCCUGCUCUGUACAGUCCAGCACCCACUGGCCACAUGUGGCUCUUGAAAUGUGGCAAGUGUGACUGAGGAAUGAAAUUCUAAUUUUUCAAAAUUUUGAUUAAUUUAAAAUCAUAGAUAAGUGGCCACACGUGGCCGGCAGCUGCCAGAUUGAACAGUACAGGCUGUGGUUUCAUUCCCUGUCUCGCUGCCUCAUGCAGGAGCCACCGCUGGGCGGGGAGAAGGCCCAGGUGCCAGCCUCCCCUCGCCGCCUGCUCUCCCCGAGGGCUUCGUCCCCCAGGAGCGCUGGUGUGCAGGCACGCGCACACCUCCUGUGCGGCUGGGCCGCUGGCCGGUCCCACGCACGCUCCGGGUGGCUGCAACGGCCUUCGGACCAGUCAGAUCCAGUCUGUAGCUUCGAGGUUCCCAAGCACGUCCCAUGCCGCUGCACGUGUUGUGCAACAAGCAAACGGGGCAGGUGGCGUUUGUGGUCGGAGAGUUUGGGAAAUGCUGGGUGAAGCAAAGUUAAAGAGGAUUAUUUCCUGCAGAACUCCUCAGAGCCUUUUCCAUGCCAGAGUGUGUUGUGAAUUUCUGGGAAGUGGGCGACGUGAGUGAGCAGUGUUUCCCAGACUCCUUUGCCUGCGGAGCCUGUUCUUGGUGGAGAGCGGUGGUGGCGCUGGCCGUGGAGCACACGGGGGAGGUGUCUUCCUGGGUUUGUCUCUGCUGGGCCUCUCAGGGGCCGCAACUCGGCCUCACUGUCUUCAGUCUCUCCCCUGUCGGCCUGCCCGGGAGUGGCAGCGGUGGGUGACUUAAUACGGCCCUUCAGUGGUUCACUUGUUCAUUCAUUGCUACAAAACCGUGGUUCCAUGCCUACCGCACACCAGGCCUGUCCUGGGCGUGGGAUUGGUGUGGCAGACAGGAGCCAAUGGCCCUGGGCAGGGCCCUCUCUGGGUCUGCCCCACCACACACAUGCACACUCUGCACGCACGCGUGCACACUCAGGUGCAUGUCCUGCAGCUGUCUGGCCUUCCCGGUCCCAGCCCUUGCACUCCUGCCCCUCCCAGGCCCCGUGAUGCCUCCGCGGCAGAGGGCCUGGGCUUGCAGAAGGCCCGAUGGGCACCACUCCUUUCAGACCAUGGGCUGUCUGGGUCCUGUGGGACCCUGCUCACCAGCUGUCCACUGGGGUGAGGGGUGAGGUGAGCUUCCCCAGCCUCCAGCUGUCCCUGCCAGCCAUGGGAGGGGUGGCCACAUGGGUACUCACUGGCAAUAAAGGGCAGCCUGGGUGCCAGCACACCCAGGACCCAGCAAGAUGCACCCAGGUGGCUGGUGGCCAAUGCUGCAGGGGCCCUCUGGGGGCCUGACGCAGGUGGUGUCCUGCCUCUUUCCAGCCCCCACAGUGCCUCUGCGCUAAGGCACACCCUGGCCCCACAAGGCACAUACCCUUUCUGCCAUCACACCCAUCGGCCUUUCUGUCUCCGUGUCUACUGGCUGCUUGUUGAACAUGCUCAGGUCUCUCCCACCCUAAAACCCUUCUACUGGUCGGUGGAUGCCCUGGCCACGCUUCCCAGUUCUCUCCCAUGAUGCCUCAGUAGCCUCAGUGCCUACCUUUACCUGCACCUUCCAGAAACCUCUUCAUGUGGUCUCCUGGGCAUCUUCCCACACCCACACCCUUGCCCCUGUCCCGGGCAGUCCCUUGCCCUUCAACCUUGGAGUCUUGUGGUUCUGACCUAGUCUCCCACUCUCCCACCCCUGUUACGUCUCCUGGGUCUCUCCGCCCCCACCCUCUCCUGAACUCCUGCCUCACUUAAAGCUCAGCCUGGCUGCCCCAGGGGCCUACUUGCCCAUCAAGAGCAGAACCCAGCACCUUUUUCCCAACCUGCCCCAGGUUUUCCUCUUUGGUAGUGCCAUUACCCUCACAGGCCCCAGACCCAACACCUGGAUUUCCUCCUGGAACCCUCUCCCCCCUCCCUGCCUCCCCAUCCCCACAUGCUGUUUAUACCUCCCCUUCUCACUUAACCACACCUUCAUUAUCUUCUUCCUCCCUGGGGCUGCUGCUUCUAUUCUUGCUCCUCUAAUUGGUUCUCCUUGCUGCCUCUAGAGCAGCUUGGGACAGUACCAUCUAUGGCUCCCUACUGCUCUGGCAAUGCAUGAGCCUGGGCUAGCUGGCUAAGCCCCAUGUGAUAAGGCACUGUGCCCUGGCCCAGUUGCACCCCGCUUCUCUGGGUCAUGGACUCACUUCUCUGCUGGCAGUUGCCUUUUAACCUCGACGCUGCAUCUGGAUGAGUCCUGUUCACCAUCAUCUCCUGCAGAUGGCACCUCCUGUGUGCCCCACACCCAUCCUCUCCAGGGCACUUACAGCACUGCAUUGGUCCUUUGUUGUCGCCACCAUCACGGAAAUCCCCCCUGUUGUCUUCCUCCCCAACUUCCUCGUGCAGAGGAAGGUGCUGAGGCCCCUUCGGACCCAAACAGGAGGAACCAUAAUGGCGGGGAAGCUGGCCGUUGAGCGAGGCUGGGCCAUCAACGUGGGGGGCGGCUUCCACCACUGCUCCAGCGACCGGGGCGGGGGCUUCUGCGCCUACGCAGACAUCACGCUAGCCGUCAAGUUUCUGUUUGAGCGUGUGGAGGGCAUCUCCAGGGCCACCAUCAUUGACCUUGAUGCCCAUCAGGGCAACGGGCAUGAACGAGACUUCAUGGGUGACCGACGUGUGUACAUCAUGGAUGUCUACAACCGCCACAUCUAUCCUGGGGACCGCUUUGCCAAGCAGGCCAUCAGGCGGAAGGUGGAGCUGGACUGGGGCGUGGAGGACGACGAGUACCUGGAUAAAGUCGAGGCAAACAUCAAGAAAGCCCUCCAGGAGCAUCUGCCGGACGUGGUGGUGUACAACGCAGGCACCGACAUCCUCGAGGGGGACCGCCUUGGGGGUCUGUCCGUCAGCCCUGGGGGCAUUGUGAAGCGGGAUGAGCUGGUGUUCCGGGCAGUCCGCGGCUGCCAGGUGCCCAUCCUCAUGGUGACCUCGGGCGGGUACCAGAAGCGCACAGCCCGCAUCAUCGCUGACUCCAUCCUCAAUCUGUACGGCCUGGGGCUCAUCGGGCCUGAGUCACCCAGCGUCUCUGCACAGAACUCAGACACACCGCUGCUUCCCCUAGCAGCGCCCUGACCCGCGCUGCCCUCUGAGAGCCUCCCUGCCUGCCUCUCGGUCCCGCCCGCCCCUUAGUGCUUUUCUUUUCUGACCUCGUGGGGUGGUGGAGGCAGCCACCAGCGAGCACAGAGGGCAGGGCCGUCCCGACGGGGUCGGGGUCGAGUGGGCCACUCUCCACCCUUCCCCACUGGGUGCCUGAGGGCCUUAGGCCUCUCUGGGCGGGGCUGUAGGCAGAGCCUGUGUUCCAGGGACCACCCACAAUGGGGCACAGGUCUGAGCAGGCCCAGGGAGCGGGCAGUUCACUGAGUGGGGGAAGACAGAUUAGGGCCAUAGCAGGGGUGCCCAGGGCUUGGGUGUUCUGGAUUUUGACUUGCUUCACCCUCCUCCUUGCCCCAGGGCGUGGGUGCUGGUGUGGACCGGCCUGCGGGGAGGCGCUGCGGCCAGGCCUCCAGGUGGGCCGGUUCCCAGCCGCAGGUGGAGCCCUGGGCCU